AUGAUAGAAAUAAGUCAAUGUAUAAUUUCAUAUUGCAUACAGCCGGAUGAACACCUAUAACCCGAAAUCGUAGGGACUCAAACAUUUCGAAAUAGCGAUAUUUCGGAUUAACAAUUUUCAUAUUUUGGUUUAGGUGAUCUUUUGUUUACAUGUUUGUUGAAUUAUUGUUUAAUAACUCACACAUAUUUAGUUAUCAUACUUCUUUAUUCUUUAUCAAAACGUCAUUAAACAUUUAAAACAAAAUGACAGCACAUGUAUGUAUAUCGUAUCUACCCGGGUUGGUUACCGAGCCCUUCUCCGGAUUGUUCGGAAGUGGGUCGAGUGAACAAUGCGGUGUUCGAAUCUGAUGAGACAUUUUCGAAUGGUAUAAAUAACCCAAAUGAAUCGCUCAUUUUCUGACAUCGAUGUUUGUAACAUACGCGUUCUCAAUGUCAUUCUUUAACAAGCUCUAAUUAUACAUUGACUUAUUACUAUCAUUAUUAUUUUUAUUAUUAUUAUUAUCAUUAUUAUUAUUAUUAUUAUUAUUAUUAUUAUUAUUAAUAAUGAUAAUAAUAAUAAUAAAAAUAAUAAUGAAAAUAAUAAUGAUAGUAAUAAGUCAAUGUAUAGAUAACAUUUGUCCAUUGUCACCUCAAUCCGAUGCCCAAGUGGAUUCGCAGUAUGGUGUGACAAACUGUGAGAUGAUCGAGUUCGAAAUAAGGAUUGAUAAAAUGGUGCGAAAUACCAAAAUUGGGACCGUAAUUUUUACCUCGAAAUAUUAUUUCUGAAUAGCGAUUUCGUAUUAUAGAUUAAAAAUUGAGUUAAACAAAAAAUGAGUAAAAUCGGGACCGAAAAUUAAUUUCGAAAUAGCGAUAAUUUCGGAUAAACGGUUUUCGGAAAAGCGGUGUUCAACUGCUUUUUUUCUUAAAGUUCAUAAAAUAAUUUCAAAGUUAUUACCCAUGUCACAGUUACUCGUGUCCAUUGCAAUAAUAUCUUCCAAGGUAUAUUUUCUCUCCGAACUAGGAACGUAAUCGUCUAGGGUACUCCUAAAGGUUCCUCUCGCACAUCGGAUACAUUCCUCGAGUUUUUCGAGAAAAAUCAGGCCGGCAGUCCUGUACAUACUUCACAUUACGGAAAUCGUUUUAAGGUUGUACUCUAUAGAAAUUGUUCCCUAACACGAAGUUGGACAUGUUUUUUUUAUAUUGAAGUUGCAAAACACAACUUGCAUUGUUUCAUUUUACCAGUUUUAGAUUAUUCAUGUGUUUUGCGACCUCUAUAUUAAACGGUCUUCACAUAAUACAGUCCGACAACCGACAGUAAAAUUAGAUUUUCAAAUAUUACGAAUGGGUGAAGGAACACUGAAUUGACCCUAAAUCAUGCCAAAAAUUUGAAGAAAAACAGUAUUGUGAUAUCCUUAGUGUCGUUAUCAGAUUGGUCAUCGGCGCCUUAAAUCUUGGCCAUAACUCAUCAAUAAAACACAAUAGACAAGCGUUCGCUCGGUGUACUCUUGUUUAUUCUAGCAUUGCGAAUAUCACAGGUAGUACGUGAGAGACUCAGUCGCUCUGAGUCUGAACACUUCUUUUACAAAUAACAAACACCUUUGCCGGGGCAGGACAUGCGAUUUAUUGCUUGAAACAGCGUGAGCAGUUCACUGGUAUAAUACGUACAACAUCGUUACAAUAAUAUACAUCUGAUCAAAUCGUUUUCUACGAACUAUUUGCUUACAAUUAAAGCGUUCUGUUAAACAACAAACUAUAUGAAAAGAUAUCAUGGGUCAGAUUAAAAACCAGAGAUAAACUUCGCCCCAACAAUAGAGUGUAAAAUGCUCUGGAAAACUGUUCCCACUAUAUCUUAAGACUUGCGAAAUAAUAUACUUAACAUACCACAUACAAUAUGCGAGUAUUAUUGUGUCAUGCUUUAAGACAACAUUGCCAUAUAUCUGUACAUUUCUCUUACAAAAUCAUAUCUAAUAUUGUAAAACAACAUAAAAUUUGAACCUGAUUGCCUGAAAAGUUGACCGUUCAGAUCGCUGUCGAGCAUAGAACUAAUCGCCACGACCAUUAUCCCGCCUAAACCGCCGACCAAUAGCCAUUGGUCACCUGACUUUUACACCCGAUUAAACCGCGCACUAAUAUUUGCGCGCCAAAAUGUUAAGACAAAAGUUCUGCGCUAUACUACGUAACGCACAGAACUAGUAAAUAUGUUUUCGUACACCAGAGUGAUGAUGCUAUGCGUACCACAGAUUUGAUUUAUCAUUAUUAAAGCUCUGGUGAAUGCGAAUGCGCUAAAUAAGGAUUGCGUGUUUUAUUGUGAGAUGAGCCGCGCUCAGAUAUAUAAAUCAUCGUAGUUUCUGCCUUGAAAAAGUAGAGAUAUAUACACUUUUUUACAUUUUAAUUGAUACAUUUGCAAGUGUUAAUAUACUUUUUAAUAUCAACUGUAUUACAAAUAAACACACAUUUGUUUUUCAAAGACACAAAACAUGCCAUAAAUUAAUUUAUCAAAUGUGAUAUAGCGUAUUGUCCGUCGGGUCGGAUGAUUAACGCUGACUUUAAAGGCUGCAUACCGUGUCCUAUUGGGAUGUACAAGGACAAUACAUUGGAUAUUUUUUCGUCUGAAUGCACGCCAUGCCCAGACGGUUCAGCAACACAAAAUGUCGGAGCUACCCAAGCUAGCCAAUGCACCAGUCAGGAAGAGCAAAGCAGCCUUGCUGUUAUCAUAGGUACUUCCGUCGCUGGUGGAUUAUUGCUGAUGGUUGUCGUGGCCUUCUUGAUUUACCGACGCAGAAAAAGGAACGAGAAGUUACCGGAAGAAGGACGUUCCGACAGGACUGAUACUUCUAAUUCAAUGAACGUCUAUGAUCUACCGCAGGACGGAGAAAAUGACAUACCGACUAGAAAAAAUGAAUAUGACGUCAUACCUGCCGACGUAAACGUUUAUAUGACAGUUACCGAAGAUGCUCAAACAAGUACUGGAACGAACGAAAGCGGUAUACAUGUUCAAAAUACUGAUACUUCCACUUCAGAAAGAAAUAUCUACUCUGAACUAGACGUGAACAGUUUAAAUGACAAAGACAAAGAUUAUCUUCGUCAGUACUCGCAUGAUUCCCAUGGGUAUCUGGCUCCAAUACAACAUGGGAACAUAUCCCACAACAGAAACGAAGAAGGGCGCAAUAGUACAUCAUUUUUGUAAAUAAGUGUAGUUCCAUCACUAUACAAAUGAGACCAAGGCUGUCAAAAUGGAUGGUAUGCUGCUUUUGAAAAUAGCGUUCAUGAAAUUGACUAUAUUACAUGGCUUGUAUGUAUCAUAAUUCUAUUUCGUCUGAUAUAAUGGGUGAUGAGCAGUAUGCAGAGUUUAUACUAUGUUUCCAAAGAAGCAUAAACGGUUGUCCAUAAUAAUGGAAUACAUUAAAUAAGUAAAAUAACACAAAUGUAUAUAUAUAUCAUAACAUGACAUAUACCUAAAGUAUUUAGUAUUUUACCUUAAGUAUUUUAUUAUAAUC